AUGGACCCUUGCGAUUGCUCCAAGACUGGAACCUGCAAAUGUGCUGCAUCGUGUUCAUGCACCAACUGCAGCUGCACCACUUGCAAGAAGAGCUGCUGCUCUUGUUGUCCCUCUGGAUGCAGCAAAUGUGCAUCAGGCUGCGUGUGCAAAGGGAAGACCUGUGACACGGGCUGCUGUCAGUGA